AUGUGCAGGUGUUUGGGCGUGAAUGUGCCUUUGACGAACCUGCGUUAUCAGGUCAUUGAUACGCACAGCGCCUUGACAAAGGGAUGUGUGUUGCUAGUGUCUGGGUCAGGGAGGAAGAGAGCAGCUAGCGUUAUUGCCGCGUUAGAAGAGUUGCAGGGUGUGGAAGACAACGAGAGCACUGGGGCGGUGAAGGAAGGAAGCUUGUUUCACAGAGUGCAUCAUGUUAAGCAAACCAUUGUUCUGAUGCCGGUGUGCGUUUUCCACGCAAUCCCAGUCGUUGUCCUAGCGCUGGCCACAGCGAUGGGUGCCUGGCACAUCGGCGCCCUGGUGGAGCAGUGGCUCCUAGAGCCUGAGGGAAGGUGUGGCGUUCUGCAGCUGCACGUGGGCAGGCACUUGCGGAUUCCCUUCACCCUGCAGUCGAACGUGGAGCUGUGGUGGAGAUAUGCGUGCGCGUGCCUUGGGGUGGGCGUUGACAGCAAUAGCAGCGCUAGGCGCCGGGUUAACCCUGUGACGGAUGUACGGUGUGCUGGAGAUACGUGCGUGGUGCUGUUGGAAGGAAUAGCUUGGCGCAGCGGCGCGCUGGUGCAGGCGUGGAUCGCCGAGCGGCAGGGAAUGUCUGGCGUGCUGCAGCUGCAGGUCGGCAGGAACUUGCGGCGCGUCUUUGCCGUGCAGGAGCCUGCUGUGCAGAAGAGCUUCACCAAUCCCACUCGUGGUUGCGGGGCCUAG